UUACUUCUUUACUUUAUGAUCAUUGCAUUAACACACGCCCCGCCUCCGUGCGCCUGUCGCAGGAUCAACAUCGUCACGGCUGCGUGCUCACGCAAGCGUCAACAAGACGCGACCUUAGAUACGCUCGGCGUUGAGUGUGUCGCGCUCUGCUCAUUCAUCAUGGCUCCAUCACCGACCAAGCGCAGAGAGCGUUCAGAGGACAAACCCAGGGAACGAGGGAAGGAGAAAACUGCUGGGAAAGAGGGAGCGGAGAAGGAGCGCGGCCGAGACAAGAUCCGCAAGCGCCGCAGCAAAUCCACCGGCAGCAGCAGCAGCAGAUCCAGCUCCAGCUCCAGCAGCAGCUCUGGAUCCAGCUCGGGCUCGUCCAGCGGGUCCAGCUCCUCUUCUGGUUCCAGCCACUCCGGGUCCUCUAGUUCCUCCCGUUCGUCCAGUUCCUCCGGGUCCUCCGGGUCUCCCAGUCCGAGCCGCCGGCGCCACGAUAACCGGCGCCGCUCGCGAUCAAAGUCCAAAUCACAAAAACGGACUGAUGAUAAAGAGAGGAAGAGGAGGAGCCCGAGCCCCAAACCCACCAAACUUCAUCUGGGAAGACUCACCAGGAACAUAACCAAGGAACAUAUUCAAGAGAUCUUUUCGACUUAUGGCAAGAUCAAGAUGAUUGACAUGCCUCCGGACCGUUUACACCCGAAUCUGUCGAAGGGUUACGCUUAUGUGGAAUAUGAGUCUCCAGAGGACGCGCAGAAAGCCCUGAAACACAUGGAUGGAGGUCAAAUCGACGGUCAGGAAAUCACAGCCACAGCUGUCCUGGCCCAGAGGAUACGACCAGUCCCGAGAAGACCGUCCCCUCCGCGCCGAAUGCCUCCGCCGCCGCCCAUGUGGCGCCGCACGCCGCCUCGCAUGAGGAGAAGAGCUGACAGUCGUCCUUUUCCCAGGUCUCGGUCUCCUCGACGCCGCUCACCCGUGAGAAGACGUUCCCGAUCCAGGUCUCCGGGUCGUAGGAGACAUCGUUCCCGCUCCAGUUCCAACUCGUCCCGUUAGCAAGACGCUGCAUUCUCACGCAUGGCUUGUCUUUUUGGCCUGCUCAUAUUUUAGUUAAAAACAACACAUAAAUAGUCCAGAUGUUUUCCUUUUCUCUAGUACCUCAGGAUUGUAUGUGAAGGCCAUGUUUUAUAACAUCGACGUUAGGGUGAAUUGUUUUAUUGGUUUUGUGUUUGUGCUUGAUGCGCCAUUUUUUUUUUUUUUUUUUUUUUUGAGAAAUACAGCUUUUUACUGGUUUGUUCAAGGGGUUAGAAGAGCAAACUUUUUUUUAGCCAAAUGUUAACAUUUGUUCACCGAAAUUGCUUUUGAUAUUACAAACUAUUACAGUUCCACAAAAUUCAUCUCUGAAGAACAUCACCUAAUCCUGUAAAAUCUGAUGAUAUGUAAGAUUGAAAAUGGAAAAUCAAUAAACCAGUUUAACAACUGAAA